UGCAAGGCGGAACGGAUGUUCAGGGAGAGGUGGCUGUGGGGGACGUUUGUCUGCGGCGCCCCGGCAGGAUGGAGGUAAAAGAUGCAAAUGCUGCAAUGCUAAGUAAUUAUGAGGUCUUUAAACUUCUGACUGAUCUGAAAGAACAACGGAAAGAAAGUGGGAAUAAGAAACAUAGUGCUGGUCAGCAGAAUCUUAACACAAUAAUGUAUGAGACUCUUAAAUAUUUGUCCAAAACACCCUGCAAAUAUCAGACUCCAGAAAUUGUAACCGAAUUUCUGACAGCCAUGGUUUCCCAAAAACUUACCAAGGCAGAAAAGCUUCAGCUGUUGAAUCACAGGCCAUUGACUGCUGUGGAGAUACAGUUGAUGGUAGAAGAGAGUGAGGAAAGACUAACAGAAGAACAGAUUGAAGAGCUUUUGAAAACUAUCAAUAGCAUCCUGCCAGGAAGCCCAGAGGAGCAAGCUGGAGCUCAGCAGCAGGAGGAGGUGGACAUGGUUGUUGAAGAUGAAGUAAACCAAAUGGAUGACUCCUAGCACAAUCAAGUGGAAAGAUACUUCCUGUUAAGCAAUAUAUGCUAUGAAUUGAUCUUUCUUGGUUUUCUACUUAAACCCUCAGACAGUGUUGAGAUUCAAGUCUACUGUACAGAUGAUUUUUGUAUGUUCCAUACUGUACAAUAUGAGAUGUAAGCUAUUAAAUGGUAGUGUUCAUCUUAAUUAAGUUUAACAGUUCACAAAUAGAAAAACCAAAGUACCUCAACCUCUGUGGGUUGUACCUUGUAGAUACAGCUUCAGUGUGAAAGCCAUUGAAACCACAUUCCUGGAGCAUGAGAGAUUGAAGAGAUAAUGUUUGCUUGUUUGCAUUUUGUAUACAGAAGUGCAAGGUUCUGUGUUCAGGAUCAUUUCUAAUGAUAAACAUUGCAUGUAUCUGAGAUUAUGUCCCUGAAUGUACUUCCAAAAAAAAUAAAAGUUUUAAGUAUUUUUGUGAAACUCGUAACGUAAAUUUUCAACUAUUGCAUAAAACUAAUGUUGAAGAUGAGAGGUGUUACGGACUCGGUGAAAGUCCCUUUAAGAUGGUGGGUGUGUGUGUGUGUGGGUGUGUGUGUGUGUGUGUGUGUGUGUGUGUGUGUGUCUGUGGCGUACUUACAUCAAUAGAAGAUAAAGGACUUAAUGAUGUUGUUGAAGAAGUCAGUCGAAGAGAGAGAGAGAAAAGGGAGAGAGACACUAGCCUGCUAGUUUCUCUAUCGAUGGAUGAGAAACAAUAACUGUGUCUGCCACUGAAAUCCAUGUAUGGAAAUUGGAAGUAAUCCAGUGGAGUUCACUUUGUUGCUGACCUAUAGAAGGAAACGUAUUUGUGUGGACGACCACGAUUUGGAUACUUUUCGGGGUGAGGAAGUCACUACCGAGUAAACACUGAAGUGUCGUUUGGGUUCCAUUGUGGAACAUUUGGAUUUCGUAAUUACUCUCCCUAUGUUCUCUACAUCUACGUCUUAUCUUCAGACAACGGUGGUUGUUGAAGAAGCCUUUGCUCAUGUUUCACCUUAUGGCUUGUGGAACUGACCUUUAAGAACCAUUCCUGCACUUGGAGUUUGGGACUUUGCCACACACACACACGAAGAGUUUAGUUUUUGGGGUUAAUGUUCAAGGUUUAACAUUUUUGAAUUCUAACAUACUAACAUUUUUA